AUGGUUACGGAAGAAAGUAUACGGCAAGAUUUAACAAAAGCAGUAAAUGAAAUCAUUGCACGCUUAAUAAAGGCGCAUCGGGAGGGCAAAGAUGUUGAUCUCAAUAAACUUAAGGGCAAAGUUUCAUCAAGUUAUGGGUUGUCAACUCAACCCAAAUUGAUAGAUAUAAUUGCUGCCGUUCCUGCAGAGCACAGAAACUGGCUUGUACCUAAAUUGAAAGCGAAACCGAUUCGAACAGCCAGUGGUAUUGCUAUUGUUGCGGUGAUGUGUAAACCUCAUCGUUGUCCUCAUAUCAAUUUCACUGGUAAUAUUUGUGUGUACUGUCCUGGUGGACCUGACUCCGAUUUCGAAUACAGCACUCAGUCUUAUACUGGCUUUGAACCAACUUCAAUGAGAGCUAUCAGAGCUCGAUAUAACCCUUUUUUACAAACAAGAAGUCGGUUAACGCAGCUAAUGCAGCUUGGUCACAGUAUUGAUAAAGUUGAAUUUAUAGUCAUGGGAGGGACUUUCAUGUCUUUACCAGAUGACUAUCGGGAUUAUUUCAUUCGUAAUCUCCAUGAUGCAUUAUCUGGUCAUUGCAGUAAUAGUGUUGAUGAAGCAGUCGAAUUCAGUGAACGAAGCAAGGUGAAAUGUAUUGGGAUAACAAUUGAAACAAGACCUGAUUACUGUUUACCAAAGCAUUUGGACCAGAUGUUAAGUUAUGGUUGUACAAGGCUAGAAAUUGGUGUACAGUCAACAUACGAGGAUGUUGCAAGGGAUACAAAUAGAGGCCAUACCGUACAAGCAGUAUGUGAUUGCUUUGAAAUGUCAAAAGAUACAGGUUAUAAGGUUGUGAUACAUAUGAUGCCAAAUUUGCCGAACGUUACGAUUGAUCGUGACAUGGAACAAUUCAUUGAGCUCUUUGAAAAUCCAGCAUUUCGACCAGAUGGUCUUAAAAUAUAUCCGACUUUAGUCAUUCGUGGAACUGGCUUAUAUGAGCUGUGGAGAACAGGGCGUUAUAAAAGUUAUCCUCCGGAGAUUUUGGUUGAUCUGACAGCUCGAAUUUUGGCUCUGAUUCCUCCAUGGACUCGUGUUUAUCGCGUACAGCGUGAUAUACCGAUGCCGCUUGUAACUAGUGGAGUGCAAUACGGAAACUUGCGUGAGCAUGCACUUGCGCGCAUGAAACAGUUGGGAACUAAGUGUCGUGAUGUAAGGACCCGUGAAGUUGGAAUUCAGGAAAUACAUAAUAAAAUCCGUCCUUAUCAAGUAGAACUGAUUCGUCGAGAUUACGUUGCUAAUGGAGGAUGGGAAACGUUUAUUUCCUAUGAAGAUCCUGAACAAGACAUUUUAAUUGGUCUGUUAAGAUUGCGGAAGUGUAGUGAUAAAGUUCAUCGACCCGAGUUAAAGAAUGGGGUGUCAAUUAUUCGUGAACUUCAUGUCUACGGGUCUGUGGUACCAGUAUCGGCUCGCGAUCCAUCAAAGUUUCAACAUCAAGGAUUUGGGCAGUUGCUUGUUGAAGAAGCAGAGCGAAUAGCAAAAGAAGAACAUUUUAGCAAAAAACUUGCAAUCAUAUCCGGUGUAGGCACAAGAAAUUAUUACCGAACAAAAGUCAGGAAUACUUUAUUGGAAGAAGUACUUCAGAAUUAA